CUGGUUUGCGAUCUUGAAAAGCGAUCAAACUAUCGCACGCUUUACCCCAAACCCGUCUCUCUCGAUGCUUUUGAUCGUAUAAAAAUUAAAAUAAACCAGAAAUGGUCCUCUCCCACCGGCGAAUUGACGACCACGACGGAACUUGACGGACAGGUACUCAAAAUCGUGGCUCAAUUUCGACUUUCAACAUGAAAUUGCUCCAAAAUGGGGUCGCCGUCGAGCCACUUUCAGUUAAUUGCGGUCGGACUGUGUUGGUGGGCAUGAAAUUGGACUCUCAUAGUAGAGAGUUGUUGACUUGGGCUUUGGUUAAGGUCGCUCAGCCUGGUGACCUUGUGAUCGCUCUUCAUGUUCUUGGUAACGAUGAAAUUGUGAAUCAAGAUGGGAAAUCUUCGCUUCUUUCUCUUGUAAAAGCGUUCGAUUCUGUGUUGGCUGUUUAUGAAGGCUUCUGUAACUUGAAGCAGGUGGAACUGAAGCUCAAAAUCUGCAGAGGAGCAUCGGCAAGGAAGAUCUUAGUUCGUGAAGCGAAAUCGUAUCGUGCUACGAACGUUAUUGUUGGGACUUCUCGUAAGCUCCACAAAAUUCGUUCAUCGACUUCCGUUGCCAAAUACUGCGCCAGAAAGUUACCCAAGGAUUUUUGGGUACUCGCUGUUCAUAAUGGGAAGGUGAUGUUCGAACGAGAGGGCUGUUCAGUGGCGGCCAUAGGGGACUGCCAAGGAAAAGAUGAUCAGCGCCAGAGCAAUUUGCUCUGUGCAGUUUAUGGAUCGUCCGGUAGCCCUCACAAAGUUCAAAGGGGUGAGAGUUUUGCUUCUCUGUUGGCGAGGGACGGCGGUAAUCUGGGAAUUGGUAAGGAUUCUGACCAGGGAUUAGCCAAAGUCAUAAUUGGCGGUACCAAUAAACAGAACUGCUCGAUUUGUGGAUCGGAGGCGACUUCUGUGGAGCAAUCUGCUGAUAUAUCCUCUGGUGAUGGAGAUAAACAUGAUGAAUCUUUGGCUAUAGUUCCAGUACAUAAUGUCGAGGUAGCGUUAAGCUCGAUUACUAAGUUGAUUAAGCAAUUGCCUGAAGUGAAACCCGGUUGGCCUUUGCUUCGACAUGUCGAUCAGUCAGUUCAAUCCGAUCGACAACGUUCUUCCGAUCUAUCGAUGGCCAAGAAAAUUUCUGUAGUUCAAUGGGCAAUGAGGUUGCCUAGCCGAUCUCUGCCUUACCCUGCUGCUUUGGAUUACAAAUCUAAUACCGCUGAUCAAUAUUUGGGUCUUGAUGGAGAAAAUGGAGCUAUGGUUCUUGUGGGUUCUGAACCGGCGAUGUCUCUGCUCUCCCCGGAGUCUUGUUCGGAAACCUCACCGAAAGAAUUGGAAGGUUUUCACGAGAAAUACUCGUCGACUUGUAGAUUGUUUACUUAUCAUGAACUCCUUACAGCUACAUCGAAUUUCUUGCCUGAAAAUUUGAUUGGGAAAGGAGGAAGCAGCCAAGUUUACAGAGGUUGUCUUCCUGAUGGCAAGGAGGUUGCUGUGAAGAUCUUGAAGCCAUCCGAAGAUGUUCUAAAGGAGUUCGUAGUCGAAAUCGAGACCAUUACCUCCUUAAGCCAUAAGAACAUUAUAUCCCUUUUGGGAUUUUGCUUUGAAAAUAGCAAGUUCUUGUUAGUUUAUGAUUUUCUCUCAAGAGGAAGUCUUGAAGAAAUCCUUCACGGUACUCUUGAACUAGCAAAUGGAAAGAACCCAAAUACAUUUGGUUGGAAUGAAAGAUUCAAGGUCGCUGUUGGCGUAGCUGAGGCGUUGGAUUAUCUCCACGACGAUGCUCAGCAUGUGAUCCAUAGGGAUGUUAAAUCGUCGAACGUUUUGCUAUCUGAUGAUUUCGAACCGCAGUUAUCAGAUUUCGGGCUCGCUAAACGGGCAUCGAACUCAUCGCACGUAACGUGUACAGAUGUUGCAGGAACCUUUGGUUACCUGGCUCCUGAGUAUUUCAUGUAUGGCAAGGUAAAUGACAAGAUCGAUGUCUAUGCUUAUGGCGUGGUACUCCUCGAACUUCUUUCUGGGAGAAAACCGAUAAGCACCGAGUAUCCGAAAGGCCAAGAAAGCUUGGUCAUGUGGGCAAAGCCAAUUUUAAUCGACGGGAAGGUGUCUCAAUUACUCGAUCCUAGCUUGGGGGGUAACUACGACCAGGACGAGAUGGAGCGUGUAAUUCUUGCAGCGAGCCUUUGUAUCAGACGCGCCCCACGAGCUAGGCCUCCAAUGAGCCUUGUUGUGAAACUUCUCCAAGGUGAUAUAGAUGUAACCAAAUGGGCAAGGCAACAGAUGAAUGGUGUAGAGGAUUGUAACACUGUAGAUGAUGAAGUAUGUCCACGAUCCGAUAUCCAAUCACAUCUCAACGUUGCGCUGCUCGACGUCGACGACGACUCACUCUCCCUGAGCAGCGUCGAACAGAGUAUCUCAUUGGAGGAGUAUUUGCAAGGCAGAUGGAGCCGUUCGUCAAGUUUCGACUAAGAAGCUGAACCGCAACCCGGGUAGCUCGAGGAGUGACAUCAAUUCGGUAUAUUCAUGGGUUGAAUGGGUGAAGGAUGAGAGGAUGUUUGUGGUGUGCCCUCCUCCCUCCAUUUCAGGCUCCUUCUGGUUGUAAUGCUGAUUGAUUAUGACAAGUUCAUUAAGCAUUGGUAAUAAUAAAAGAGCACAGCAGUUUUGUUUCAA